ACUGAAAAGGAACGUUGACAUAUAAAUAAACACAAGAUUUUCUGUAAUAUUAUUUCAUAAAUUUCAUUUUAUCUUACAGUUUAUCAAAAAUGUAUAGUGUUAUCGUAAGCUACAGAUCCCUUUAUGGCAGGUGACGCAUCAGCCGAGGAUAUAGACAUAGCUAUGAAACUUGGCGCUGGUUACCCCAUGGGUCCUUUAGAACUGGCCGACUUCACAGGCCUAGACACAAAGAAAUUCGUCCUAGGUGUCAUGCAUGAAAAGACUGGACUACCGGCCUUUGAGCCCAUACCUCUCUUAAACAAGCUCGUCAGCGAAGGAAAGUUUGGCAGGAAAACUGGUGAAGGGUUCUAUAAAUAUGAUAAAUAAGUGAUCUCUGAAAAUGAUAAUGGAAACUGUGAAUACAUUAUUGUUAUGCU